CCAGCAGUUGUAGACAGCUGGUACCUUGUAUUAGCUUAUAGCGUCUGCGAGCAAGACAGCUGUCGACAAGUGCAUCAACACGAGCGAACUAUGUCCGCGCGCAGGGCUUGAGAGUGUUUUCCCCAUCCGCCUGCCGCCAGCCCUAUCAAUUUUAGCGCGAAAACCUAAUAAUUAGGAUGAAGUCACGGGCGCUGAUUGGCCCUGCUUCCUCAGCCGGAAAUGUCGAGGUGGUGCACCCAGUGCGGGCUUCGCCGGUGAACCAGACUGCGAGCGCUGUGCAUCUGCUGAACGGAGAUGCUGCAGCCCUCAGGAGGCGAUGCGCGGCGCGCUCGCAACGGGUGGUCCGCGUUGCCUAUCGCCAGGGUGACGAGCCAGCGGCCCCGGCAGCGCCCAGCACGCGUACCACAAGCGCUGUCACUGCGACCCCGGUCCAGCAGGUAUCCAUCUCAGUCCCCAUCCAGCCGAACGUGGUGACAGCUGCACCUAUGGCUGCAGCUACCAGCCUCACGGCUACUAUGACUGUCGAUGUAGCUGCGGCCCCGCCGGCAAAGCCAGCCGUGGGAGCGAGUGUCGCGGCUGCAGCGCCAGUGGCUGUGGCCAAGGCGGCCGAGCCUGUGCCGCCCUCGUCGGUUCCUGAUCCGGUUGCGAUGAAGCAACCCAGCAGCGGCGCUGCCCAAGCACUGGCGCAUCCACAGCCGCCGGUUCGCGCGCAGCUCAAGGUGAUCGGCAUGGGUGUGCGCGGGAUCAGCGCCGUCAACCGCCUCAUUGCGGCUGGCACGCUGCCGGAAGCCGAGUUCUGGGCCCUGGACUCCGACAAGCGCGUGCUGUCGGGCGCGGACGUGGCGGCACAUACGCUGGAGGUAGGCCCGGGUGACGAGGCCAGCCUCAGCCCUGAGGACCUGGCCACGCUGGCGAGCGGGCCGGCAGCUGCGGGGCAGGCGGCGGCCAGCGAACCGCUGCAGCUGCAGGGCACUGCUGCCGCCGCCACCUCGUCGGGCCCCGACGGCCACGCCGGCGCCGUUUUCGUACUGGGCAGCGCUUUCGGCAGCCCCGGCGGCGCGCCCAUGAUGCUGCAGCUGGUGCGGCACCUGCGGCGCCAGGGCUACUUCGUGGCCGCCACCCUGACGCGGCCAUUCGAAUUCGAGGGCGCACGGCGGCUGGAGGCGGCGGACGCGCUCAUCAGCACCAUGGAGGAGGUGGCGCACCUGGUGGUGGUAAUUGCGCAGGGUGUGCUAACGCGGGCCAGUGCGGAGCUGACCAUGGGCCAGGCGCAGGCCAUCGCGGACAACACGCUGGUCUACACCGUGCAAUCCACCCUGUGGGCACUCAGGGCGCCAGAGAUCCUCAAGGUCUCGCACGGCGCGUUCCUGUGGCACGGCCGCGACCUGCGCAACAUCAAACGCCCCCUUUUCCCGCCCAUGAUGAGCCUGCUGUCGUGCCCCGGCCACGCCACUCUGGGCCGCGGCCAGGCUGCUCUGCCGCUGCCGCUGCUGCAGCAGGCGGGUCUGGCCAGCGCCCUCAGCACACUGGCGGAGGACGCCGUCAAGGCCGCCGCCGAGUCGCCCUUCCUAGACCACAAGCUGGAGAGCGCCACCGGGGUCCUAUGUGUGCUGCGCGUGCCGCCCUCUGCGCUGGGCGUGGGCGCGCGCCCCGCCGCCGCCGGCCCCAGCAGCAGCACUAACACGCCGCUGGUGGCGGACAACCACAAGGAGUACGCGCUGCGGUCGGCGGUGCAGGUGGCGGCCAUGACGGUGCGGGAGCUGGUGGGUCGGCACUGCCACGACAUCAUCGUCUGCCCGCAGCUUUGCCAGGACCUUGAGUCGCCGUCGCCGCGGGCGAAGCAGCUGCCCCAGCCGCAGGCUGCGGUCGUUGUGCCGGCGGGCGCUGAGUCGGCGGGCGAGGGCGGUGCGGGUGACGCGCAGGAGCUGGUGAUCCAGACGCAGGUGGAGUCGCCGGACGGGACGGAGCUGGUGCGCGUGGAGGUGUCCCUACUGGUGCUGGAGUCUAUCGAGGAGAUGGCUGAGGCCAAGGCCGUCGCUGGUCAAAAGCCAGACCCCGCGGCCGCAGCUGCGGCAGCCGCGGCUGCAAACAUGGCCGCAGCCGCGGCUGCAGACGCGGCGCCGACGCCCACCGCUGCCACCGCGCGCGACCGCAUCGGCUCCGUCAUAUCCUCGCGCGCGCCCUCUACGCCCCGCCGGCCCGGCCCCCGGCCGCUGUCUGCCCGCGGCUCCGGCCCCAGCAUCUUCACGGGCACCAUUCCCGGCCAGCCCACGCCCGAGACUGUGCCUAUGGCAGCAAGUGCUGCUCAGCCCGCUUGGGCGACCGGCUCUGCGGCCAGCGCGCAGCAGCCGGCUGCGCCCGCCGCCGUAGCCUCGGCGGCUCCACCGCCGCAGGCGCCAAGCGCCCGGCCCAGCGCGGCAGCUGCUCCUGCACCAGCGGCGCCAGCCGGCUCAGGCGCCGGAGCCACUGCUGCUUCCGCCGCGGCCGCCGCCGCCGCCAACGCGGCGGCGCGCAAGCAAGCCCGGCUGGCGUCCAUGUCGGCCAUGUCAGCUCUGGCGGGCGGCUCCGCCGCCGCCGUGCACAACAACAUCCUGGGCGCCAGCGCUCUUGGCGCUGCACCGCCGGCACAGCCAACUAACACCCCAGCAGCUGGUGCCGGUGCUGCGGGCUUCUCGCCCACUGGUGUGCCGCUCAAUGCGCGCGGCCUGCCCAUGUACCCGCAGCAGCAGCCGGCGCAGCCGCUGGCCGCGGCUGCCGAGCCGGAGCCAGCCCCGGCCGCCCCAGCACCCGCAGCCAACCCGUUUGAGGGCGGUCUGCAGCAAAUUCCGCGCCUGGCGGAGAGCCUGGUGACGUCACUUGUGGCGCAGUCGCUGGACCUGCCGCCCCAGGCCGCGCGCUGGCGCCAUCAGCAGCGCACGCCGGCUGGCACGCCGCGGCCACCCUCGCCCGCCUUCCACCUGCCCCGGGUGGACGCGGACGUGGUCGAGGACGGCGGCAGCUGGAUGGAGGGCCAGGCGGAGGCGGAGCCGGGUCUGGGCCGCGGUCUGCAGCAGCUGAUCAUGGGCAUGCGGUUGCCCGGAAUGGGUGGCGACGGCAGCGGCGGCGCGCCGGGCAGCGGCCCGCCGCGCCCGGCUGCGGUGCGCAACCGCGUGGCCGGCAUGCUGGACCGUGAGCGCCAGGACUGAGAGUGGGCAAGGCACGAAGCUGACAUAAUAUGUGUGUGACAGCAUAGCGCAAGACGGGCAAGUUCCAAUGAGUGACUACCUCAUCCAUAUAACAGUCCACAUGUGCCUGGAUUUUGCAAGCUCGAAUCGGUGUCGAAUGGUCUGAGACUGGAGGCUGUGCAGCCGUCUGCUGGGCAUGCAUUGCAUACUCUAUUGCCCAUCCAUGUUGCGGUGAGCUGAUACCGACUUGCUGGAUGCGCCACUGGCGCUGUGCGUGUAGGGACAAAAGGGAAGGUACUGCACGCGGCAGCAGAGAGUCGCGCAGGAUGGGUAGUGCCGCUGCUGCGCAUAGUUGUUGAGUGAAAAACAGUCUCACUGAGCAAGCUGUGUGCGUGUAACUGGUUGUUACUAGUGAAGGGUUGUGGAAUGUCGGGACAUGUCGGCAGCAUGACUUCUGAGCCAGUCUUUGUGCGUUCUCUCCGAAACUGCACACUGGCGGUUUGCUGAGUAAGCGUACAGUUUCAACAAAGGGCCGCAUGCGGACUCCGGACUGGCGCACAAUUUGGACGUUCAAAAACCCUUGUUGUCGUUAGACUCAUAAUAA